UCUCUCGUUGAACCCCAACAAUGGCCUUAAACUCUAACCUCAAUCUUCACUCUUUCACUCCUUUAUCUACACACACCAAUUCGAUUCGUUUCCCUGCUUCUAUUUCAAAGAUCGGUUACAUCUUCCGCCCUCCAAUUCUGCGUGCAAUUUCGAAAAACUCCGAUGUAAACUUAGAAGACGAUAGAAAACCCCAAAAGAAUUCCAGAUCUAGAAGAAGAUUAAACCCCGAAAUCAGCGAGAAUUCGAAAAAUGACGAAGAAAAACCCUUCCCCUCAACGAUUCCCAGAAAACCGAGACGUGGACGGCGAAGCGAAGCGGCUGCCGUCGAGGAUUUCAUGAGGGAUUCAUUAGAGGAGACAUUUGCUGCCAUUAGUGAACAGAAUUCGGAGGUUAUGGGAGGUAGGGAGGAUGUAAUUAAGGAUAGACUUGAAGAAAUUGACGAUGGCGGUGGUGGUGAUGAUGAGGAGGACGGCGGCGGCGGCGGCGAGAAGAAUAAGAAGGGAAUGGUGGUGGAGGAAGAGGAUCCCGAUUGGCCGGUGGAUGCUGAAGUAGGGUGGGGGAUUAGGGCUUCUGAGUAUUUCGAAAAACACCCGAUCAAGAAUGUGAUGGGCGAAGAUGGUGUUGAGAUCGAUUGGGAAGGUGAAUUGGAUGAUAAUUUGGUGAAUGAGAUCAAUUCUUUGGAAUGGGAGAGUUUUGCUUUCCAUCCGAGUCCGUUGAUCGUGCUCGUUUUCGAACGAUAUAAUCGGGCAAGCGAAAAUUGGAGAGCGUUGAAGGAGUUAGAGAAAGCCGCAAAGGUGUACUGGAAUGCCAAAGAUCGGCUUCCGCCUCGGACGGUCAAGCUUGAUAUGAACAUCGAAACCGACCUCGCGUAUGCACUCAAGGUUCGGGAAUGCCCACAACUCGUGUUUUUGCGAGGAAACCGAAUCCUUUACCGGGAAUCACAGAUUCGAACAGCCGAUGAGUUGGUGCAGAUGAUAGCACAUUUUUACUACAAAGCGAAAAAACCUUCAUGGAUGAAAGAUGCAAACAUGUAUUCAUGAUUCGCCAUUUCAUCGCGAUGAAACCCGUAACCGACAUGUAUUUGUUGAAUUCUCUUUGUUUUAUUUAUGUAUCGAGUCUUGAUCG